CUCCCAACGAAGUAACUAUAACUAAAAUUAAAUAAAAAGAAGCCACGACGAAGGGAAAAAAAAGUGAGAUCCAAAGAGAGCUCGAACACACAAAGCAUUCGCUAUGGCUCGCUCAUUCGGAGCAAACGGCACCGUUGUGCUCGCGAUCAUCUUCUUCGGAUGUUUAUUUGCGUUUUCAACUGCUAAAGAAGAGGCAACCAAGUUGGGAACGGUGAUUGGGAUAGAUCUUGGUACUACUUACUCAUGUGUUGGUGUUUACAAGAAUGGUCAUGUUGAGAUCAUUGCCAAUGACCAAGGAAACCGUAUUACACCUUCGUGGGUUGGUUUCACUGACAAUGAGAGGCUCAUUGGCGAGGCUGCUAAGAACCAGGCGGCUGUUAAUCCCGAGAGGACUGUCUUUGAUGUGAAGAGAUUGAUUGGGCGAAAAUUCGAGGAUAAAGAGGUUCAGAAGGAUAGGAAGCUUGUUCCGUACCAGAUUGUGAACAAGGAUGGCAAGCCAUACAUUCAAGUCAAGAUCAAGGAUGGCGAGACUAAGGUUUUCUCUCCUGAGGAGGUCAGUGCCAUGAUCUUGAUUAAGAUGAAGGAAACUGCUGAAGCUUACCUCGGAAAGAAAAUCAAGGACGCUGUUGUCACUGUUCCAGCUUACUUCAACGAUGCCCAGAGGCAGGCUACAAAGGAUGCUGGUGUUAUUGCUGGUCUCAAUGUUGCCAGAAUCAUCAACGAACCUACUGCUGCUGCUAUUGCCUACGGUCUUGACAAGAAGGGUGGUGAGAAGAACAUCCUUGUCUUUGACCUUGGUGGUGGUACCUUUGAUGUCAGUGUCUUGACCAUUGACAACGGAGUGUUCGAGGUUCUCUCCACAAAUGGUGACACUCACUUGGGAGGUGAGGACUUUGACCACAGGAUCAUGGAUUACUUUAUCAAGUUGAUCAAGAAGAAGCACCAAAAGGACAUCAGCAAGGACAACAAGGCUCUUGGAAAGCUCCGCAGGGAAUGUGAGAGAGCCAAGAGAGCUCUUAGUAGCCAGCACCAAGUCCGUGUUGAGAUUGAGUCUCUCUUUGAUGGUCUUGAUUUCUCAGAGCCUCUCACCAGAGCUCGUUUUGAGGAGCUUAACAACGACUUGUUCAGGAAGACCAUGGGACCAGUGAAGAAGGCCAUGGAUGAUGCUGGUCUACAGAAGAGUCAGAUCGAUGAGAUUGUUCUUGUUGGUGGAAGUACUAGAAUCCCCAAGGUUCAGCAGUUGUUGAAGGACUUCUUCGAAGGGAAAGAGCCGAACAAGGGUGUGAACCCCGACGAAGCUGUUGCUUACGGUGCGGCUGUCCAGGGUGGUAUUCUGAGCGGAGAAGGUGGUGACGAGACCAAAGAUAUCCUUCUUCUUGACGUUGCACCACUCACUUUGGGUAUUGAGACCGUGGGAGGAGUGAUGACCAAACUUAUCCCGAGAAACACAGUUAUUCCGACCAAGAAGUCUCAGGUGUUCACGACAUACCAAGACCAACAGACCACUGUCUCCAUUCAGGUCUUUGAAGGUGAGCGAAGUCUCACCAAGGACUGCAGGCUGCUCGGGAACUUCGACCUCACCGGAAUCCCACCAGCACCAAGAGGAACACCUCAAAUCGAGGUUACCUUUGAAGUGGACGCCAACGGUAUCCUGAACGUGAAGGCAGAGGACAAGGCAAGUGGUAAAUCAGAGAAGAUCACAAUCACAAACGAGAAGGGACGUUUGAGCCAAGAAGAGAUCGACCGGAUGGUGAAGGAGGCAGAGGAGUUUGCAGAGGAGGACAAGAAGGUGAAGGAGAGAAUCGACGCAAGGAACAGCCUCGAGACUUACGUGUACAACAUGAAGAACCAAAUAAACGACAAGGACAAGCUCGCAGACAAACUUGAGGGUGACGAGAAGGAGAAGAUUGAGGCAGCGACGAAAGAAGCCUUGGAGUGGCUUGACGAGAACCAAAACUCAGAGAAGGAAGAGUACGACGAGAAGUUGAAGGAAGUAGAGGCAGUUUGUAACCCAAUCAUCACGGCCGUUUAUCAGAGGUCAGGUGGUGCGCCAGGUGGUGCUGGUGGAGAAGGAGCGGCCGAAGAUGAGGAUGAGUCUCACGAUGAGCUCUAAGUUGUUUAAUGUUGUUUUUAUUGUUAAUUUGAUUAGACAGACCUCUUGGUGAAAGUUUUGAGGGAUAAAGAAGAAGAGAACUCUUUUGUUUCCUUUUAUAUGUAUUAUUUUGGUUUUAGACCAAGUAGUAUCCUUUUGUCCGUUCCAUUUUAUCCAUAUUAUCUUUGAUCCA